ACGAGUGUUAACGCGUGAAAGCAAAUCGCGUUCCCUUUCACACACGGCACUUCCUGAUCCAGAGCUGAGCCUCUGGUUGUGUCCUGCAACGGGGCAUUCGCUCUCCAAAACAAGCUAAACAAAGAUCUCUCAAAGUUGAUUCCCUGUUUCUACGCGAGCAGCUGAAGAAUCGUCGUCUGUAAACACAGUGUAACAUUCGCAAACAAAAUGGACUACUGGAGUGCCUUGGAGGUGUAUAAGGAGAUGCUACUGCUGUAUGCAGAGGAAGCUCGACGUUAUGUGAACUCCCAGUGUGCUGCUCUGGAGCCAUGGCAGAUCAUCGUAGUCACUUUGCUGUCUACACUUGGUGCAGUGUGGCUAAAGGGCUUUCUUUUCCAGCAGGAGAGCCUGGCAUCAAGAGUGAAGAAGCAGUUCUUUAAAAUCAUCAAAAAAAUCCCGUUCGUCAGAGCAUCAAUUCAGAGUCAGCUUAACAAAGCACUUGAUGACAUGUCCGUGAGUGUUUGCACGCUGAAGGAAGGCAUGAGCUACACCAAACUUCUUCCAGCAAAGGGCCUUGCCCAACAACAGCUCCUGGAGAAGAUCAGAGAAUAUGAGACAUUGAGUGAGGUAAACUGGGCAAAAGGGAAGGUGUCAGGUGCAGUCUACUGGGGAGAUGAGAAGCUCACAGACCUUCUGGUGAAGGUAUAUGGUGAAUUUGCCUGGUCCAAUCCCCUCCAUCCAGAUAUAUUUCCCGGGGUUAGGAAAAUGGAGGCAGAAGUGGUGCGGAUAUCGUGUGCCCUCUUUAAUGGGGGGCCAGACUCCUGCGGCACAGUUACUUCGGGUGGAACUGAAAGCAUCCUCAUGGCAUGCAAGGCAUACAGAGACAUGGCCUAUGAACGUGGAAUCAAACACCCAGAGAUCAUUGCACCAAUCAGUGUCCAUGCUGCAUUUGACAAAGCAGCACACUACUUUGGGAUGAAGCUUAUUCACAUACCUCUGGACAAGAAGACAAUGAAAGUUGAUGUGAAGGCCAUGAAGAGGGCCAUCACCAAAAACACAGCAAUGCUGGUGUGUUCAGCUCCCAAUUUCCCACAUGGAAUCAUGGAUCCUAUAGAAGAAGUGGCGAAGCUGGCACUAAACUACAACAUCCCAUUUCAUGUGGAUGCCUGCUUGGGUGGGUUUCUGAUAGUUUUUAUGGAGAAGGCUGGUUUCAAACUCGCUCCUUUUGAUUUCCGGGUCAAAGGUGUGACUAGUAUCUCAGCUGAUACACAUAAGUAUGGUUACGCCCCUAAAGGCUCAUCAGUGAUUCUGUACAGUGACAAGAAAUAUCGCCACUACCAGUAUUUUGUAGCACCCGAUUGGCAGGGAGGAAUUUAUGCAUCUCCGUCAAUGGCCGGCUCUCGCCCAGGAGGCAUCAUUGCUGCCUGUUGGGCUACUAUGAUGCACAUGGGAGAGAACAGAUAUGUCGAGGCUACCAAAAAAGUAAUUGAGACGGCACAAAAAAUCAAAACAGGAGUACGCAAAAUAGAGGGAGUGUUUGUGUUUGGGGAUCCAGAAGUGUCUGUGGUGGCACUGGGCUCUCAUGUCUUUGAUAUCUUCCGUUUAUCAAAUGCACUGACAUCAAGGGGCUGGAAUCUCAACACUCUGCAGUUCCCAUCUAGCAUCCAUAUUUGUGUCACAAUGCUACACACACAGCAUGGUGUGGCUGAGCAAUUCAUCAAUGAUGUGAAGAAAGAAGUAGCCAUUAUCAUGAAAAAUCCAGAAGAGAAGACCACAGGAAUGGGAGCCAUCUAUGGCAUGGCCCAGUCCAUCCCUGACCGAUCGAUGGUGACUGAAGUGUCACAAGGCUUUUUGGACUGCCUCUAUAGCACUGAGGUGCCCAAGAUCAAAAACAAGCAGCACAAAAACCACAAGAACCACAUGAAUGGCAACUCUGUAGUGCACUGAGAUUGACUUUCAGGGUUUCCACCCUUAGCUGGCUGAAGGGAUGCUCACCACAAUCAUCUAAUCAUUCAUUUACUUGUUUGUCUUUCAUUCUGUUUAUUUACAGUACAACUAACAGGUAUAAGCCAUAAUCACGUGACAUGUUCUGGCAUUUGUGACCGAGGACCGACAGUAUCGUGUUUAGCACUGAAGACUAGAGGCUGCUGCACAAGUGUCUUUGUGGGUCUGAGAAGGUUCUGGGUCCAAGUUGGGUGACCACUGAGUACAUUAAAAUGUAUACUAAAGUUUAAUUAUCUAAAUUGCAAAAUUUUAUGACAGAUCCACCCAUUUGAUCACACUCCCAAUUUCAACUUUAAAAUAUUUUCUGCCUAACUCUCAGGGUACCGACGCAUAAUAUUCUGACAAAGACUGGUCAUUUUUAUUCAAGCUAUUGCUAACCUAUAUACUUUCUUCACAAGCACUGUAGAUUUGGAGAAAAUCCAGAUAAUAAUCAACUUAAGACCAUUUUCAGGAUAGCUGUACUGCUCAGGGGAACCUGUAGUGCAAAUAUUUUAGUUAAAAUAAAAAAAUGAAUUCCCCAGAAUUCUGAUUGAAGAGCCCAGUCUCAAACAGCUGUCUUACAUUAGAAAGAAUCUUACUCGUUUUAAUUUACCUGAGGCAAGUGAUAUCAGGGCACAACAAAUACAUCAACCAUUUGCUGCAGUGUGUUCAGUUUCCCUGCAUUUCCUGGUUUUACACAUAACAAUUUUUCCAUCAAUUCGAUCAUAUUUCAUCCUAUCUACCUCAGGUCUAGUUCAAACAAUUAUACAUUUUAUAAUUGAUUGCUUCCCCUAUCUUGUUCCUUUCUGACUUUCUGAUCCUCAGUCAAUGUCAUUUAAGCAAAAAUGGUUCAACUGAUGGAACGCACUGAUAAUGGAAGUCAAAGAUCCAGCUUUCCAUGAUCAUCAGUCUCAUUUUGUGUUUGUGUAUUUGUACGGUAUCUUUGUGUUUGGGUUCUUAGUUCCAGUUCAGAUCACCUGAUGAUCGCUCUGGAAGAAGAAGGGAAAAUAAUUUUUGUAUGAAGGGAGAGUCUGUGAUAUGAGCAGGCGAUGACAUGGUACCAUGUAAACAUCCCACCGGAUCUUGUAAGCAGUGUAAUCCCAGUAGCAAUCCUCUUUAUAUUUGUGACCACUGUGUGUGUUUCUAUAUUUUAAAUCACUAAUGCAAUGCCUACUAUUUCAAUGUCAUUGUUUUUUUGCAGUGGAUUAUUUAAAUUUGUGUUAUAUUUACAUUUUAACAUCUUUAUGAAGGCUUUAGUGGAGCAGGGUAGGUUGUUUUUGACAUGAUAGCACUGCAGUAAAAUGUAGUUUCAGCAACUGUACCAUGCCUUAGACUAAAAAGCAUAAAUGUGGAUGUGUUAUCAGACACUUGACCCAAUGGCCUACAUGGAAACAUUUUAAUAUGAUCAUGCAAUAAUUUUGUAAUAACUGUAACUACUAAAACUGAGGCACCUUGAAGUUUUAGAGCAGUGCAUAGCCUCUAUGGUUAUGGUUGUAUAAAGCACAAAACUAAGAGCAUUCACCUAAAUGCCUUUCAGAGACAGUCAGGGUGUCUGCUAUUAGGUUAACAGCUACUUCAGCUUCAGGGACUAGGCCUUUACCACAUCAUUCAAUCUUUUUCAACUAUGUCCUGUGAUGUUUUGUUGGUCCUCUGUGAAUAAAUAAAGGUUGGCUUAAAAAACA